UCUCUCCCUCCGUCGGUAUUCUAGGUCUCGGUCCCUGCUAAUCUACAUGCACUCGCGUCUGUGUUCAAAGGGACUCUCUACGUUCCUGGCCCUCCACUCUUGCUCUCAAUCCCUUCGUCCCCAGGGCGCGCGCUCCUUCUCCCUCUAUCGCCCUAGAUGUCUUCAUAACAUAACGUAUCCUUGUCCGCGGCCGACGCAGCGGCGCUCGAUACACGCCUCCGCGUCGUUACGGGCUCAAAAAAACCCAUAUGAUGUACUCGGUGUUGCCAAGGACGCUAGCGCCGCACAGAUCAAAAAAGCAUACUUUGCGCUCGCCCGCAAGCAUCAUCCCGAUACGAGUACGGAUAAAGGUGCUCAAGAGAAGUUUGUGGAGAUACAAACGGCAUACGAUACAUUGAAGGAUGACACUAAACGACAAAUGUACGAUCAGUAUGGUUCGGCAUCGCAGGAGGCUGGCUUCGACCCAAAUGCGUUCUCAGGCUUUGGAGGCGGUGGCGGCGGCGGGUUCUCUGGCUUCCACGGCUUCAAUGGGUCCUUUUCCGGACAAGAAUCGGAUUUGUUUAGCCAGCUGUUCCAAGGAUUCGGUGGUGCUCGAGCACAAGCUUCGCGGGGUAGUGAUUUAGAGGUCUCAGUGCGCAUUACCUUCCUUGAAGCCUGUAAGGGCACAUCAAGAAAGGUCAACAUCACUCCGGUCGUCGACUGCGCCCCUUGCUCCGGUAGCGGACUGAAGCCUGGUGCCAAGCGCUCGACCUGUCCGACAUGUAAAGGCGAGGGAACGCGUACUUUCGUCAUCGACAGCGGCUUCAAGAUGGCUAGUACAUGCAACACCUGCCAGGGCACCGGGAGCACGGUCCCUCGGAAUUCGGAAUGUGGAAGUUGCGGGGGCGUUGGAAAGGUUCGGUCCAAGACGACCGUGCAAGUUGACAUAACUCCCGGUGUCGAGGACGGGAUGUCACUGCGGCUUCCCCAACGAGGGGAUGCGCCAAUAUCUGGCAAGGGGAGCGCGGGUGACCUGCUCGUGAGGAUACACGUUACGCCUUCGAAAGACUUUACUCGGCAAGGGAAGAACCUGUAUCACCGGACGCGGAUCCCCAUCCAUGUGGCGAUGCUUGGUGGCAAAGUACGGGUCCCGACGUUGGACGGGGACGUGGACGUGCGAGUUCCGUCGGGAACGCAGCAAGACGAAGAGAUGGUUCUGAAAGGUCGAGGGGUGACGUUACCUAAUGGACGGGACGUUGGGGAUCUCUUUGUGGCCUUUUCGGUGCAAUUACCCAGGUCGCUUACCUCUCGGCAGCGGGAACUGAUACAAAUGUACGCGGACGACAUUGAGGGGCGAAGCACGAGCAGGGAUGGCCCCAAGGACGAUUCUGAUGACAAUGGUAUGCUCUCUUUCACUCGCCCACAGGAGGGAUGGUUGAAUCGAGCCUGGGGCCAUGUUCGCAAAUUCACCGGAAUAUGAUUCACCCUCCCUCGGGAGGCCGAACGAACAGGACAGGACGAAAAGCGGAAGGCAACAGCAUAGAAGUAACCUAACUACUACAUUACACCCUUCAUUAGUCGCUGCAAACAGCCCACUCACACAGUGCCUGGCGAGAUGGGAGGAUUGCGCUGCCACGUGGUACAAGCGAGAGUGGGCAGAGGAAUCCAAACAAAUGCAUUUCCUUGUGGGGAACUGCCAUUGCGGCUGCCGACCCUGUCUGGCCAGAAGAACUUGUUGGCAGCGUCGAGUCGUUUCGGGGCCUUAGCCCACUUGGCAACAUUGCGAGCCAGCGGCCCUGGCGUUGUCCCCGCGCUUGGCCAGGAAAAAGAUAUGCCUACACUGUCCUACACACGCAUCCUCAUUGACUGCAGAGAUCUCGACGCCAAAAUCUCGACUGCCUGCUGCCCUCUCCUAAUUCAGUCGGAACGGAGGAAGAGAUCUCGCUAAGCGAGCUCGCCUCUAUGAGAUCUGAGUCUCCAGAUCCAGCAACACUUCUUCGUAGAUUCGGCCUGGCGAAUGUCACCCGAGCAAAUCGAGAUGAAAGCCAGUGGGCAGUCUACUGCUGUACAAUGUUUUCUAUAAAUCGCGACCGCUGCUCGGCCUUGGAAACCAGCGCUCGCCGGAAUGCAGUCCCCAGCCUUGUCGCCCUCGCACUCUCUCGAGCCCUCUUCCUCGACGUGCUCCGUCGCCACACUCAAGACAUUCUCCGAGCCCAUACACGGUCACGACGCGUCGUCGGUGGAGAAAGACAAGCCUGAGCCAGCGUCCAUUCGCAGCCUCGAUACCUGUUCCUCCGAGACGCUCGAUGAAUUUGGCCCAACAUGUCCCCAGCUCUCCACGCUUCGCUUACUUGCGGCCCAUAUCGGUGCGGCGUUGACUCUGUUUCUGGCAACAACAGAUGCUACGAUAGUCUCGACCAGUCUCCCGACAAUCGCGAGUGAGAUGCGUAUGUCGCAGGAUGAAUACGGCUGGGUUGGCAUCGCAUAUAUGCUCACACAAACGGCUCUGCAACCACUGUACGGGCGGAUUUCAGAUCUGGUCGGGCGAAAGAAUGUCCCCAUGCUUCUUGCUGCUCGCGCUGUCGCCGGAAGCGGCGCAGGAGGCAUCGUGGGCUCGGUCUGGGUCAUCACGGCAGAGAUAGUCGCCGUUCGCGAUCGCGCAAAGUGGUCUCAAGCUCUCAGCGUCACGUGGAGCUGCUCCGCCGUCGCUGGCCCGCUGCUGGGCGGUCUCUUCAGCGGAAGCACCGGCGUCCUGAAUUGGAGAUUUGGUUUUUAUCUCAAUCUCCCUGUGGGAUGUUUCGGCUUCGCCGUGAUCGCUCUCGCGCUUCGCGGUGUGCCGCUGAGCAAAGCACCCAAUGCUUCAUGGGAUUCUUUCCUUCGCACGUUCGAUUUCCUGGGGCUCGUCUUGUUUAUGAUUGGCAGCAGUUUCAUCGUGGUUGGAUUCAGUCUGGCCUCCCAGAACGGAUGUAAGCCGUCCCGUCACACCCGUGACUUGCACUACAAGUUCGACAGGGUCGUCCCCCUCGACUCUGUCGUUCAUCUGCUUUGGACUGGCCACGCUCCCGCCGCCUUCAGUGAUCUAAGGACAAGUGCGCCGCCUUUCUUAUUGUUUGCCUUCCCUUCUUCAACUGCCCUAGUCAUCAUUCUAUGGAUCACCUUCUUCCACAACGUUGCAUUCACCGCCGGGACCUUCUAUCUUGCCCUGUUCUAUCAGGCUGCAAACGAUUCGACGCCACUCGAGGCCGGCUACAAGCUGUUGCCAUAUUCUCUUGGAGGGUCCCUGGCAUCGAUGCCUGCUGCCUGGUUCAUGGACUACUGGCAGCGGCGGACACAGACAAGCAAUGGACAACGCUGGGUUGUCUCCGUUGGAUUGCUGAUCGCAACUGUAGGAUUCGGACUGCUGAAUCUGCUCAACGAAAGAUCGACCAUCAUAGCAGAAGUCGUCCCGCUGGUCGCUGGGAUAGGCAUCGGGAUGCUUUUCCAUGCACCAUAUCAGGUGUUCAUCCAAACGCUCAAACGGAGAGACCUCGCGGCCGGCACCAGUGCCUUCUUUCUCGUCCGUUUUACCGGCUCUACUGUCGGACUGGCCAUUGCAGGCGCGAUUUUUGAUGCCAGAGCGUAUGCCCGGCUUCCAUCUGACUUGCUCGAGCGCGGCGGAACAUCUCUUGACUUCUCCCGUCUCCGAGAUCUCCAGCCGCAGACCUACAAACUUGAGAUCUUACAUAUCAUCGCAACAUCGAUCCAGACUGUCUGGACGUUCUGUACACCCUGUCUUGGUGUCUCCUUGCUGCUGUCGCUCCUCCUUCUAUGGGGAAGACGGCCCGAAUCGGUCAUCCAAACUGACGAGAAAUCUGCCGAAUCAGGGAACCCUUAGCGACGUUCCGCAAAUCGGCUAUGACAGACAUGCAAUUCCCACUUUACCGUACCAUCAAUAUGUAUUCUACAGAGUCAAUGAAGGAUAUCCGGACUCAAUCAACCGAGUGAUCUGCGCCUCCCAGUCUCGGAUUUACAUCCCAAAUCAGUCUAGUAUCGAAUAUGUUGCAGGGUGGAGACUGCGCAAUACAGUCCGAACGCAGGGAAACCAAGGAACGCGACAAGGCACUGUCGUCACAGUAUCGGGCUGCAAAAUCACUACAGCCUGCAAGCUUGGACUUCUCGCUUGCUUCGCCAUGCAAGAUGUCCCGCGGGUCUCUUGGCAGCCGAAUCGGACUUACGUAGACCGCGAACGGGGGGCCAGACUCGACUAGAGGCAGGGCCACUGAGACCACCAUUCGAGUAAGUCGGGCUGCAAGUCCGUGCGGCCCGAUCGUCUCACGCGCUGUUCGGAGAAGCGAGAGAUAGGUUGCAUCUCGUUUGCGACCCAUUGCGAAACUUGGCGGAUUUAAUGCGUCCGGACUCCGGAGGUACACAGCGA